AUGACAACGAGACUGCGACACAGACCACAGGCUGAAGAGGAAGAUGCCUCUGCGCUGAAGCUUGGACCAGAAUUCAACAAUGCCGGUUGCUUGCUGAUUUCUGAGGUCAAGUACCUGCUGGAGAAUCGCGACAAGGACGCGCCUGAUACACCGGUGUAUAAUAAGACCCUUGACUAUGUGAAGACGUUCACGAAGUUUAGCACCACAGACUCUGCUAGCGCUGUUCGAGAAACGUUACGAAGGGAACCAGCGUUAACACAGUUUGAGACAGCGCAAAUAGCGAAUCUGUGUCCAGCCGAUGCUGAAGAAGCGAAGAGUAUCAUUCCUAGUCUCAUGAAAAUAGAGGACGAUCGUCUGCAGGCCCUGUUGGACGAAAUACAGACGAUGAGGAAGUUCCAGACAUGA